AUAAAUAAAUAAACAAAUAAAAGCAAUAACAAUAUAUUACGAACGAGAUAAAUUUUUAUUAUCGUGAAAAAAUGCGAGAGAACCAAGGAACCUGAAAAUUUCUUUUUAAUCCUCGUCUUCAUUCGAGAAGCAAAUCUCGUAGAGGAAAAAAAAUAUUUAAGAAAAAUUAAAAUUUAAAGAAUAAAAAAGAGAGAAAAAAUCAAUGACAUACGAGUGAACCGAUAAAGAAAAGCUAUCGUUAAUAUCGUCAUGAGCGGAAGAAGAAGACCAAAAAUCGAGGCUCUCAUUGUAAAUGCGAUACGUAAACUUCAGGACGCACAGGGAUUGACUCCUCGAGAAAUCAGUAACUAUAUCACUCAGGAAUAUGACGUGCCUGGAACGGAAAUUAAAAAGCAAGUACAUCUUGCCCUUAAACGCGGCGUCUCCUAUGGGAUCCUUCGGAAAUAUAAAGGAGGAUACUACACCUGCAAUCAGGAUUUUCUUAAAAAACAGCCGAUGAAUAGGAACGAGAUAAAUGAGUUUUCAUGUCCACCAAAACGACGACUAUGCAGACCGAGAAGACGACAAUCACGAAGAAGAUGUAAAAGAGUUUGUCGAAAAAUACAACGAAGAAGAUCUGCAUGUAAGAGGAGACGACCUAGAAGAAGAAGUCUUUGUAGAAGAAGGAAUAGAAGUAGAAGAAGAAAGAGGUCGGGAAGAAGAUGCGGUACCUCGGAGUUUAACGAAAUGGAAGCAAUAUCGAAACAACCGAGACCGAACAGUGGAGACGACGAUGACAACAACUCGAGAAACGAGAGCAUAAGCGAUAGAUCUAGCCUGACAGAUCCGGAUGGAUCUAUGCAAGACCCACGACCAAACACACCGCCUAGCACUCAUAUGGAAUGAUCAAAAUAUUGUAAAUCGAUUUUUUUCGAUUCGAAAUUAUUUUUCGAGAGAAAAUUUGAGGUUGCAUUGAUAACGAUAUUUCCAUUUUCCAUUUGUUC